CGGGACCUGGUGGAGCGGGUAAUGUCUUUGACGAGCUUUCGAACUGGGUGAAUACCUCAAGGAGCGCCUUUAACGUAUUCGCCUUCGUCGUCGCAGAUGCUAUCCAGGCGCGCAGCGAUUCCUUGUCGCAGGAGAUAACGUAAAUGCUAACAGCCCGCUUCCAGGUUUAUCGCCUCUGGAUCGUCUAUACUCGCAACUGGCGAGUAGCCUUCCCUCCCCUGUUCUUAUGGUUUGCCGGGCUGUCGUGUGCUAUAUCGGUCGUAUAUUACUGCGCUACGCUCAAUCUGAUGACGGACUUGUCCGGAGCGACAAUGCUUGACAACUUCCUCGACGCCUUCCUCGUCCUAUCAGUGAGCAUCAACGUUAUUACCACAUGUACGUGUUUGUCCGGUCCCUGAGUGCGCGCGCACUUAAUGCGACUUUCAGGAAAAACCGUGCGAAGCAGCGUGACGUGGACACAGCUCUUCCGGAUCCUGAUCGAGUCUGCUCUUCUCUAUACCCUCAUUUC